UUGAAAGUGGCGGGCGGUUGAAGUCUAUUAUACAGGAGCGUACGGGAUUUAGGGAAUAAAGAAUAACAAUCUUUUUAGCAAAGGUAUUCAUUCCAGGUGCUUGUCUCUAGAUGUUUCAGGAGAAUCAUUUUUGAUGGUCUUUUUAUGGACGGUCUGAAGAGUUUUCGGGAAGGGAACAUCAAAGACCGGGCUGCGUUUUAAAAAAAGAUCUCUUUUGGCAGGGCAAAGUUUAAAGUAGAGGAGAAUGACAAGAGAAGAUGAGAAGGUCAUCCUUGUGCGGGUGGCGCUGCGCUGUCGGCCGUUGGUUUCCAAGGAAAUUAAUGAGGGCUGCCAGUCCUGCCUCACCUUUGUGCCUGGAGAACCCCAGGUGAUUGUUGGUAAUGACAAGGCAUUCACAUAUGACUAUGUUUUUGACCCCGUUACGGAACAAGAAGAGGUCUUCAAUGCUACCGUAUCCCCUCUUUUGACUGGUCUGUUCAAAGGUUAUAACGCCACAGUGCUGGCAUAUGGGCAGACAGGGUCUGGGAAGACUUUCUCCAUGGGAGGCACAUACACCUCAGCCCAGGAGAACGAGCCCACAGUGGGAGUCAUACCAAGAGUCAUCAAGAGGAUCUUCCAGGAGAAGGAAAAGAGACAGGGCAGUGAGUUCGUCCUUAGUGUCUCCUACCUUGAGAUCUAUAAUGAGGAAAUUCUGGACCUGCUUUGUAAUUCCAAAGAAAAACCUACCAUAAGCAUCCGAGAGGAUCCUAAAGAAGGAAUAAAGAUUGUGGGGCUAACAGAGAAGGAAGUUUUCAGUGCCCUGGAGAUGGUGGGUUGUCUGGAGCACGGAAACGCUGCUCGCACGGUUGCCUCCACUGCCAUGAACUCUGCUUCGUCUCGCUCCCACGCCAUUUUCACCAUCACUGUACAUCAGCAGAAGAAAUCGGACAAAAGUGAUUCCAUCACAUCUAAGUUGCACCUGGUGGAUUUGGCUGGCUCCGAGAGACAAAAGAAAACGAAAGCCGAAGGGGAUCGCCUGAAGGAGGGAAUCAAUAUUAACCGGGGUUUGCUGUCAUUGGGGAAUGUGAUCAGUGCCCUUGGAGAUGAAAGUAAGAAGGGAAGCUUUGUCCCCUACAGAGACUCCAAGCUAACCCGGCUUUUACAGGACUCUUUGGGUGGAAAUAGCCACACUCUGAUGAUAGCAUGCGUGAGCCCAGCUGAUUCGAAUAUGGAGGAGACGAUAAACACCCUGCGGUAUGCAGACCGUGCACGGAAGAUCAAGAACAAGCCAAUUGUCAAUAUUGAUCCAAGAGCUGCUGAGCUGCAGCAUCUUAAACAGCAGGUCCAAGAACUGCAAGUGAUGCUACUUCAUGCACGUGGAGGAGUUGCACCAGUGCUUAGUGGACCAGAACCAGCAGGGAACGUGAAAGAAAUAUUGGAGAAGAACCGCUGUUUGCAAGAAGAAAACAACAAACUGAGCCGAGAGCUGAGUGAGACCGUGGGGCAGACAGCUCAGAUGUUUGAAAGAAUCAUUAUGACGGAACAUGCAAACGAGAAACUGCAAGCCAAGCUAGAGGAGCUUAGGCAGCAUGCUGCUUGUAAAAUUGACCUGCAGAGGGUAGUAGAAACCCUGGAGGAUCAGGAACUCAAAGAGAAUAUUGAGGUGAUUCGCAGUCUUCAGCAGGUCAUUGCACAGCUGCAGGAUGAAAGUGCCGGGAUAGCAGCUUCAAUUGAGGCUAUUGCCACUCAGGAGUGUUCCUCCCCAUCUGAAAAUGAAAAACAAGGUCCUUCAGAAGAGGCUCAGAGCAAAAGUCCCACUGAUUGCUCAACAUCAAUCCAAAAAGCAGAUGAUAAACGUUCAUCUGAAGCUUUCACAACCCAACAUGCCCUGCGACAGGCACAGAUGUCGAAGGAGUUGAUUGAGCUGAACAAAGUGCUAGCUCUGAAGGAGGCCUUUGUCAAGAAAAUGUGCCAGAAUGACAGCCACCUGGAGCCUAUCCAGACCGAAUACCAGGAAAACAUAAAGUCCCUCCAGGCUGAUGUUGGAUUUUUGCAAAAGGAAAAAGAGGAUCUCAUUCUGGCUCUCCAUUCUGCAAAAAAGGACACUAACCAAGCCAAGCUCAGCGAGCAGCGCAGGAAGCGGCUGCAAGAGCUGGAAAGCCAGCUGUCUGACUUGAAGAAGCAGCUACUGGAACAGUCCAAGCUGCUGAAGAUCAAAGAGUCUUCUGUGCGCAAUGUGGCGAAACUAAACCAAGAGAUCCAGGCAAUGAAAGCUCAAAGAGUCCAGCUCAUGAGACAGAUGAAGGAGGAUUCUGAGAAGUUCCGCCAGUGGAAGCAGAAGAAAGAUAAGGAAGUGAUGCAGCUUAAGGAGAAGGACCGCAAAAGGCAGUAUGAGAUGCUAAAGCUGGAGAGAGACUUUCAGAAACAAGCCAGUGUUUUAAGGCGCAAGACGGAGGAGGCAGCUGCAGCAAACAAACGCCUGAAGGAUGCCCUGCUGAAGAGGAGUGAGGCUGCAGAGAAACGAAAAGAGAAUCAAAACCGGGGAAUGGAGGGAAUGGCCGGUAGAGUGAAGAGCUGGCUUCAGAACGAGGUGGAGGUGCUGGUGAGCACGGAGGAGGCCCGCCGCCAUCUCCGUGACCUGCUGGAGGACAGGAAGAUCUUGGCCGAGGAGAUCUCUCAACUUAAACAGCAGAUGGAGGCAGGGGAACGUCCAGCUGCCAAAGUCCGGCGACGUACUUUUACAACAGCCGAGUUGGCGAACCAGGGCGAACUGGAGGCCUCUCUUGGGAAGCAAGUUGAAAACCUGGAGACAGAGAUGGCGCUCAGGAGUGCACAGAUUGCUGACUUGCAGCAGAAGGUGCUUGACGCAGACCAUGAGGAGAGAGUAAAGCAGCGCUGGGAGACGAUUACCACUAUACUGGAGGCCAAGUGUGCCCUCAAAUUCCUGAUGGGAGAGCUUGUUUCAGCCAAAGUGAGCACUUCAAAGCUGGAUAGUGAUCUGAAGCAAGAGAAGACCAACUACACAGACCUCCAGAGAGCUCUCUGUGAUGAGAGGAAAGUAAUGUCUGAUAUGCAAAUGGAGCACCAGAGCCAUUUAAUAGAGCUGGAGCAGGCUCAUCAGGAGAAAGUUCUUUAUCUGCUUAGCCAAUUACAAAAUAAGUCAAAAGUUGCAGAGGAGAAAGAGGAAGAGUCUGCUAGAGAGAAGGAGCUGCUCCAGCGGUUAAAAUUUCAGGAGGAAGAGAUUGAGAAAAUGAAGGAGCUCAGUGAAAUGAAUCAGAAGCUCAUGGAGGAGAAUGAACUUUACAAGCAGAAAUUUGCCCUGCUGCAGGUAACCAGCGGCAAGAAAAUGACAAGCAAGUUGACAGUGGCAGAUCAGUCCCCAGACUCUUCCUUUGAGUAUGUCCCUCCUAAGCCCAAGGUUCGGCGGUUCACUACAGCAAAGGCUGCCACGUUGGCUCCUCCUGUGAAUCUGGAAGACCUGGUCACCUUCUCUGAUUCUGAGGGAGAUGAAAAUGAUGAGUGGGUCCCAGAGAAACUGCCCACCAAAAACAUCAAGAAAAAUGGAGGGUGCUCCUGUAAGGGACGCUGUGGGAACAAACUGUGUGGCUGCCGGAAAGGACAGGUGAACUGCGGCGAGAACUGCCAGUGUGAUCCUCAAAAGUGCCGAAACAUGGAGACGGCUCCAACAGGCAAUGACACUACUGAAAAAGAAGACACUUCUAGGGAUUCUGAAUCAUCCUUCAGACCACAGGAUCCAACAGCCAUUAGCCCUGGAGACUCCACCUUUUUCAGACCCCCAUCUAUCACACCAACUAAGAAGGUACUCAUGGAGAUUGGCGACAUGGGUCAACUUGUGCCAAACUUGAAGCUGGAGAGGAAGCCUCCUGCCGGGGAGGAGGAUGACGUUGAUAGGAGCACGGCCAGCAUCCUGAAGAAAAAGAAACGGGUUCUUAGCACCAACAGCAGUUUCUUCUCAGGUUGCACACCAAUUCGAGAGGAGUUUUGAAAGCCUUCGUCUCCUUUGCACCCCAGCCUGUACUCUACUGGUUUGUGGGCCCCAUGGGGGGUAGCUCUGUGUUGUAGUUUUUAUAGUUUGUCGUCUUUUGUUAUUAAAAAAUAAAGUAUAAUUCUAACUGUUUUAUUAGAUUUUCUUUUAAUUAUGUUUUUUUAUUUUAAAAACAAUGUACUUCUUUGUCAAAUCAAGCUUUUGAAAGAGGGACAUUGGUUUCCCAUCGAUGUCGAGAGAUCUGUGUUUCAAUAUUACAGGUGCUGAAGUGCACAAGAUGACAAGUCUAGCAAUACCCAGAGUACUUGAAGUAAAUGUAAAUAGCUAGUCUGUAAAUACAUUUUGUCUUCAAAUAUUUCAAUUUUUGUCUUUGUGUUUAACUUACUAAUCUGAAUGCUGUUUAUUCAUUGAGACCUCCUAGUACCGUUUAAUAAAAGAUCAUAUUUAACAUUUGUGGUGUAAAGGAUGUUGGCACUGGGCAAUUUCUCAAAUAAUGGGGUAAAGAUUACAGACCUAAUAAGGCCAUAUUAUUGAAGUGUUUUUAAGACACCAGCAUGUGACUAUGUAAAGGAAGGGUGCAGGAAGCUAUCACACACAUUUCCAUUACUUUUGUCCCGUACAUCACCUGUUACUUUUUUUAAUACUAAGCUUGACACUUGAGUUCAUCGUUUUCUAAAUGCUUAAGGGAACAUCAUUGACCCCAUUAGCUAUCACAACUGUGAGCAAAGCAUAUAAAGAAUUUCAAGUAGGUAGCUGUGUCAGCAAGGUUUAUUCAAUGCUGAAAAGAGAACAUUAUGUCUGUGGAGCCUUCUUCAGAUGUGUCCUUUGGGUAAAAAUAAUACAAGAACACCUGCUUCAUUCAGCUAAAGGCUUGGCAAAAAAACACAUUCUAGCAGAACAAGUAUCCAAAGCUACACGAGAGUGACUAUAGUAGAUGUCUGAGUAGUAAUUGAGUAGUUUAACGGGAAGAAAAGUCUUAAAAUACAGCUCAAAGUAGAUUAUCAAUGGCUCUUGAGUAUAGUUUUCUAAUGCUUAUGAUGCAGGCUGUUAAGACCUUUGGCACUUUUUAUAAGUCAUUCACGCAGUAAUACAAUCUCAACCUGCAGUCUGAAACUCUUUAGCUCCUGUGUGUUUUACAUUUUCAUGGGUGUUCCCUCUAGCUAGUAUUGUUAGAUUUUUUACAUUGGUGGGAAAUUGGGGGGGUAACUUCACUAUCCAGCAGACAAGGUAGAAAAGAGAAAUUGCCACAGUUAAAUUAAGGGGGAGUGUUGGAUUGCUCCAAUUGUGCAAGCUCUGAUUGAAAUCUAGCCAAGACACGUGUUAACAAUUUCUCAUCCUAAUAAGGGAUCUCUUGUAUAUUUUGUAAUUGUUCUAAGUUUUUUGGAUCAUAGCAUUUUUGGUUUUAAAUAAAGGCACACUCCAAUUA